GGUAGCUAGGGUUAUCGCAUUCUGUGGACAUUGUCCUGUCUCGAAUUGAGAUCGUGUUUGAGUCCAAGUUCAAGUCAAAGAGAGAGAGAGAGAAUAAGUGGAGUCGAAGUAUAUUAUUCCGAUUUAUUACGAAGAUGGAGAAUAAAAAGCAAAUAUUUAGUGAACAAGAAAGAAUGAUAUUUCUAGAAAUAUUAAAGAAGUAUAUGAAAAUCGUGGAAUUUAAAGAAACUCAUUCUGCAGCUCUAAAAGCGAAAAAUAAGGCAUGGCAGAGAAUCGCUAUGGAAUUUAAUAUGAAUCCUCUCACAAAUUAUACUAGAACAGCAAAACAAUUGAGAAGAUUGUGGAUGAACUUGAAGCAGAGACAGAGGUGUAUGAUCAGACGCCAGCAGGGCAGGCCCAUUUCCCUAUCAGGACCCAAGGUGUUACAGAUAGCACGAGCCCUGAUGUCUAGCGUGGAGUCCGGGGACUCGGAGACUGUAGGAGAUGAUGUGGCCAGUGAUCUCGUGGUAGAGACAGGUGAUCCAAUGUCAUACGAAGAAUACCCAGAUCAAGAGCCACAACCAGAAACCUCCAUCAAAAUCGAAAGAUCAGUAUCACCAACCCCAUCAGACGAAACAGAAACAGAAUGUGAAAAUUCAACCGUAACACCUGGUAAUAAUGCACAAAAUCCUCUAGAAGGAACUACCACCAAUUUAGAGGAUGAAUCAAAUUUUCCAUCUGAAGAAGUACGCUACUUAGAAGUUCAACUCUUGAAAGAGAAAUUGAGAGCUCAUCAGCAAGAGAACGAGAAUAAAGCGUUACACGCAGAACUCAUACAAAAUAUGGAGUUUAAGAUUUUAACGGAAAAGCUUAGAGAAGCUAAGGCUAAAGCUGACCUGGCAGAGUUGUGCUUAAAAAGACAACGACGGUAAAGAAAUGUACAUUAAAAAUUGUAUAUAAAAACAGAUAUUGUUAUAAAAUGUUUAGUCCUCUCUCCUUCUCUCUUCCCUGAUAAUAAAAAUCCACACUCAGACCUCAGGGGAACCUCAACCUCACUCAACCCUAGUUAGGGGUCGAGUGGAAACAUAAAUUAUCUAGAGCUGAGGGUCCGAUAGUUGACUUAAACGUUAUAAAAAAGUGCAAAUUCACAUACUUAUUGUUAAGUUUUAAUAAUUACAUUAUACAUAAUAUACAUGCUGAUUAGGCAAAUUGUUCUUCCUCUUACCCCUUAAAGGUAAAAAUAGAAGUAAUGUAUUCAUUCUCCUCCACUGGCCUUUAUCCUUCUAAUUAUGUACCUACUUAUCCUUUUCUUCGUUUUCCACUACCAAACAUGAUUACAUCAAAAUAUUCAUUUUCUUUCAAAACUGAACUUUCUUCUCAUCCAAUCUUCUUACUUGCACUUAUCCUAAGUUUACUUCUUAUAUUUUCCCCCUAAUCAAAUAUCAUUAUAUGAUACUUCUAUUUAUUUCAGUCAUCAUAGGUCUUUUUUUUUAUUUUUAAACUGUUAUUCAUAAAAAGUUCUACAUAGGAGCAGACUUGCCAUGGGCAUGAUAAUAUUUAGGUAAAUUAUAUGAAAUACAUUGCUCAUCCAUA